AUGGCGUAUGACAGCCCCCAUGGACUCAUCGCUGCGGCCGUCAUUGUCCAGACACUGGUUCUGCUGAUGAUCGCUUCGCGAUUUGUGUCGCACAAAAUGAAGGGUCUGACGCUCCACACCUCAGACUACCUCAUUAUCGUUGCGGGUUUUUUGUCGACCGCUCUGGCGAUAGAACAGAUCUACUGCGCUGCGAAUGGCCUGUUCGCAGUGCGAGUUGCCCCUUUGCAGAAAGCAAAUCCUACGGCCGCAGUGGAUUUCCUCUACAGACUACGCAUGCACAAUUACUCCUUCGUUGUAACCGGCAUCCUCGCCAUCGGGUUCAUUAAGACCUCCGUUUCAUUUUUCUACCUCCAGAUCUUUAGCAUCCCGAAGUUUCGCCCAUUCAUUAUCACAUGGAUCGUUAUCAUGGUCUUGUGGACGAUCAGCUUCUUCACUGCCUUCAUGGCCAUCUGUGGAGAUCACGGCAUCUUCUCCGCGCGAAGCCAUAUGAACCCCGCGAUUCAGGCGAAGGAGUGUGGAUCCACCCAGCAGUUGGACUUCGGCGUACUGAUAUCUGGCACUGUGUCUGAUUUCAUUACGGUGCUCAUGCCUAUACCAAUGAUUUGGACCCUCCAUCUUCGAACAACGGAAAAGAUUUCCAUCGCUGCGAUAUUCUUGGUGGGGCUGCUGUCCGUUGGAGCUAGCACUGCGCGAUCCUACAUCGGUAUCUACACCAAGUUCGCUCCCAAGGAUAAGAUCAUGGACUCUGGACGUAAGUAA